CUUCGCUGGCCGCGCCGGCGCACAGGAUUCAGGCAGCGACAGUACGAAUGGUGAUGCCUCAGCAGAGACGAUACAGUCAUCCAGCCAUCCGCAGGACUCCGGCACCGACAGUGGGACUGGCGACGCUUCAGCUGAGACGGUGCCUUCAUCCAGACGACCGCAGGAAUCAGACGGCAACAGAGAUGAUGCUUCAGUUGAGACGGUGCCAUCAUCCAGCCAACAGCAGGUAUUUUUCGGAGCGGAGAGAAAGAAGAGGACGAGCAAGAUUGGCCGCUCGGAUCACGCCCGCCUACUCGUAGAAGAGAAGUGUCCUGUAACGGAGACCACUGGUGUCCAAGCCAGCUCAAAGGGUGGCUAUUUCGUCUACCGGCUUCCCCCCUUGGACCUGGACGGCUGUCAGGGCACCGAGCCGGCUACUGAAGGACGAGUGGGCAAUGACGCUCGUGGCACACCUGAUAGCGGUGUGAUUAGUAAUCCAUUGGAGACCAGCAAUGUGUCCAGCUGUGAAGGCUCCAUCACCGGGCCAGGGCCGGCUACUGAAGAAGGAUUGGGCAAUGACGCUCAUAGCACAUCUGAUGGCGGGGAACAUAGGGAUUCAUUGGAGACCAGCAAUUUGUCAAGCUGUGAAGGCUCCAUCACCGGGCCAGGGCCGGCUACUGAAGAACGAAUGGGCAAUGACGCUUAUAGCACAUCUGAUGGCGGGGAACAUAGUGAUUCAUUGGAGACCAGCAAUUUGUCCAGCUGUGAAGGCUCCAUCACCGGGCCAGGGCCGGCUACUGAAGAACGAGUGGGCAAUGACGCUCAUGGCACACCUGAUGGCGGGGAGAGUGGGGAGGGUAGUGAUUCAUUGGAGACCAGCAAUGUGUCCAGCUGUGAAGGCUCCAUCACAGGGCUAGGGCCGGCAACUGAAGAACGAGUGGGCAAUGACGCUCAUGGCUCACCUGAUGGCAGUGAACGUAGUGAUUCAUUCGAGACCAGCAAUGCGUCCCACUGUGAAGGUUUGGAGUCCAAGCACGGUGAUGGCGCUCAGGGCACACUUGAAAGCGGUCACAGUAGCAAUUCAUUGACGAUGAGGGAGGUGUCCAGAGGAAAAGCUAAUGAAGUCAGUCAAAUUUAUCUGGUGCCUUCGCCUGAGUGCUGUGAAUCGACUGAGAGCCUAAUUGGCGAUCUCUACGCCACUGAAAACGUCCGGCCACUUUGGCGGUGUGCUCCGACAUACGUAAUCACCGAUCUAUUUGCCGAUCAAGCGAACCAGCCGGCUGUUUUGUUCACUGCGGAUGCAGCUCUGUUGUUCCUUCUUGUGGAGCAGUCUGAACUAAUCGACAACGUGAUGUACGACUGCAGAGAAGCCGGCCACUUUGGCGGUGUGCUCCGACCUACGUAAUCACCGAUCUAUUUGCCGAUCAAGCGAACCAGCCGGCUGUUUUUUUCACUGCGGAUGCAGCUCUGUUGUUCCUUCUUGUGGAGCAGUCUGAACUAAUCGACAACGUGAUGUACGACUGCAGAGAAGCCAUCACCGAGCUAUAUCGGCGAUGGAUCAGUAUGGGACAAGUGCCACAGCUGGUGCGAGCCUCCGUUCUCGAGCGUGAUGGCAUCAGGGCCGUUGUUACGGCUACGGGGCGCGUAUAACACAUUCCAGGUGCUUUCGUCCAAUUCUUCCUUAUGGAAAAUGAGGAGGUGUCUCUCUGCUGGAAAAGAGUUCGGUCAGAAAUGUACUGUACCAGAAUCGGUAAUGUGCGAUAAUAUCGGAUGUACCAAGAACAAAGCUUGUUCUAAACAGUUUUGUCUUCAACAAUGUACUAUACAUUCCUCUUUGCUUCGUGAUGUACGACUGCAGAGAAGCAUUCCAGGUGCGUUCGUACAAUUCCAUAUGGAAAAUGAGGAGGUGUCUCUUUGCUGGAAAACAGUUCGGUCAGAAAUGUACUGUUCCAGAAUCGGAGUAAUGUGCGAUAAUAUCGGAUGUGCCAAGAACAAAGCUUGUUUUAAAUAGUUUUGUCUUCAUCAAUGUACUAUACAUUCCUCUUUGCUUCGUGAUGUACGACUGCAGAGAAGCAUUCCAGGUGCUUUCGUACAAUUCUUCCAUGUGGAAAAUGAGGAGGUGUCUCUUUGCUGGAAAAUAGUUCGGUCAGAAAUGUACUGUUCCAGAAUCGGAGUAAUGUGUGAUAAUAUCGGAUGUACCAAGAACAAAGCUUGCUCCAAACAGUUUUGUCUUCAUCAAUGUAUUAUACAUUCCUCUUUGCUUCUAAAAAUUCUUGUCCUCUGAAAACCCCUUUUCAAUUGCUGUUGUCUUCCUUUCCUCGCCUGUCUCAGACAGACGGAUGGACAGCGACAUGGCCUAUCUGUCUGUCUGUCUUUCUCUCUCCCUCGUCUAUCUCUGUAUGUCGCUGGCUGUGUCUCUCUAUGUCUGUUUCCCUCUUUCUGUGUGUCUCUCACUGCUCAUCUACAUGACAUGUAUCUGGUUCGCUCUGCCUGUCUCUCACUGCCUGGCUCUGCCUGGCUCUGCCUGUCUCUGCCUGUCUCUCACUGCCUGGCUCUGCCUGUCUCUGCCUGUCUCUCACUGCCUGGCUCUGCCUGGCUCUGCCUGGCUCUGCCUGGCUCUGCCUGUCUCUCACUGCCUGGCUUUGCCUGGCUCUGCCUGGCUCUGCCUGUCUCUCACUGCUCAUCUACAUGACUGUAUUAUGUAUCUAGGUUUUCCUGCUAAUGACUGCAUACAUAUCAAUAUGUUGAUAGUCUAUUACAUGUAUACGGCAUAUCUUGACGGUCUGUUCCCUAUGACUGCAUAGUUGGUAUAUACGUUCUUUUAACAGUUUCAUUCACAUGCAUAGUAAACAGCAGCAAAGCAUUUGAAAUAAGAUUUCAAAAUUGGAAUGUGCACAUGUGUGCAUGAUAGUACUCAAA